AUGUCUUCUACAUGUUCUAGAUCGUCAUCACUUUCAGCUGCAAGAUCAUCAAACCAUUCAUUGACCAGGUCAAUCCACGUUUCUACUGUCAGUUCUUCGUUGUUAUCGUUGAACUUGUCACUAUGCGUGUCCAUGCCUAACAUUGAUGAUGCUUGUGUUUCUGGAGCCGAUGUACUAUUUACUGCUAAUAAUGGAGUUGAUGUUGAUGUAGAUAACAAUGCUGGGGUUGAUGACGAUACUGGCAAUGAUACUGACAAUACCACAGUUAUUGUCGUCGAUUGUUGCUACAUGGUCAGACAAUUUUUCUUUAAGUUUGUCGUUCGUAUGCGCAUCUAUAACCAGUUGCUAAAAACCAUCACGAUACUUUUGAGUUUGGAUUGGAUUUUUGGCAAGUGA